CUAGCCUGACCUAACCUAACAAAAAUAGGCAUAAAAGAAUAUUGCGGGUUGAAGGGAUUUGUUGUUUUGCGUGAUCCGUCAAUAAACCAGCUUCGUAAAGAUCGCGUUAACCUAAUUUUAUCGCAAAGGAUAAGUAAAUAGGAGAAAGCACAAUACACGGUACAAUCUUAAUAAGGACUGGUAGAGAUGUUUAUGUAGAACGAAGAGGAAGAUCGAGUGAAGUACACGCAAUUGUUUAUCGAUCAAAUGGGUCGGCGCAAGAGCAAAAGAAAGCCACCUAUUAAGAGGAAGGCUAUCCAACCACUGGACACACAAUUCAAUUGUCCAUUUUGCAAUCAUGAAAAGUCAUGUGAUGUUAAAAUGGACAAAUCGAGAAACACAGCCAAGAUAACAUGUAGAGUGUGCUUAGAGGACUUUCAGACAACUGUGAACUUACUCUCGGAACCUUUAGAUGUGUACAAUGAUUGGAUCGACGCCUGUGAGAAUGCUAAUUAAGAAAUCAUCAAUUAUGCGAUCUAGAUAAGAUUUCUAUGUAUCUAUAAAUAAUAGUUUGUAUACAUUAGCUGAAACUUGAUCUUUUAAUCAAAUUAUAUUAAUAUUAUUGUUAUAGUUUUAUCUAAAUUGCUUUGUGAAUGAUAGAUAUUCUGAUAUGAUGUAAUGUAGCUAU